AUGCGUUUCAGAUCAUUCCUUCAGCCGGGCGACGUUCCGAUUCUUGCCUGCAUCUACUGCGUAAUUAGUCUGGGCUCAGAUGAAGCCGAUGGGGCGCUCACAGAAGCCGGUAAUAACUAUCUUAUGGCUGCACAUGGAUUAUAUGCGCACCUAAUGGGGCUUCCGCAUUUGAAUAGCGUACAAUCUCUUGUCUUGAUUACGCUGGCUUUGCAGGCUAGAGGUAAAGAAGGGCAAAGCUUUCAAGUCCUGGGAUCUGCAAUCAGGAUAUCGCAUAGUAUUGGCAUUCACCGCCAUACCUCAGCUCACGCAGAAUCGGACGAGCCGUCACGCAGGCUUGAGCUCCAUGCCCGCAUCUGGUGGACUUGCUACGCGCUCGAAAAACUUUUUGCGCUUGAAACGACCCGUCCUUCAUCAAUACCACAUGGCGAGCACGAUUCCUUCAUGCCGGACCAAAUUCUCUGCACAACAUCAAGGGCCAAGCUCAGAUACUUCGUAUACUGGGUUUCCUUGGCGACUAUCUUCGAGCGCAUCAGCGAGCUGCUCUACAGGCGGAAGCGUAGCCCAGACAGCAGUCUUCAGCUCCUCCAAAAUAUCGGCAACCUCGACCAGGCACUACGGGAGUGGAAGAACUCUCUCCCAGAGGACAUUCGGCCGGACAGCGGUUUCUACUGCGACGAUCAAGAAGCACCAUUUGCUACGUUCCUCGCUCUACACUACCAUCAAGCACUCGUCACCCUACAUCGCGCCUCUCUCGUCCUUCCACACAACCAAUUCCUCGAAGAAAUCGAAACGCAUGCACCAAGUUUACCCUUCCACAAACGACUCCGCAACGGCGCCUCUCUGUGCACAGCCUCCGCCUGCGCUACCAUCAAGCUGAACGCUAAGAUGAACGGCAGACACCAAACGCCGUUAUACACGCUCACACAGGUACUGCACGGUUGCGUCGUCCUCGGACUCAGCAUACUGCGGCAACCGCAUUCGCGAACCGUGCGCUCCGAUCUCGAGCUCCUGGUCACCGGUUCACAAUUGGCCGAAAGCGAGUACCGUCGGCUUGGCCAGCACCCUAAAUUUAUCGAGGCAUGUUCCACGCUACGUAACUCGGUGAGUGCGUAUGUGGAGCAGUACGAGCAGGCUCGCGGCGUGGAGAAUUUGUCUCAGCGGCCACGGCAGCACAGCAUGGCGACGAGUGUUUCGAUGGCUGAACCUAUUGCGACCAAUUACUCGGCACCUAUGGAACAUAAUACUGUCACUAGCCUCGGGAGCUUAGAGCCAAUCGAUUUAGAUUGCGCGAGUUUGUUCGAGGGCGUGGCGUUCGAGGAUCUGUGGACUAUGAGUGCUGAUGCCGUGCUUGGUGAUGAUCCUAGCCCUGGGAGCCAGUUUCCCUUUGUGUGA